CUUGUUGGAGACCCGACUGCAUGUUACUGGCAGAGACCUGAGGGCUAAAAUAGCUGAAGUCUUUGGGUUACAAGAAAAUUACAUCAAGAUUGUCAUAAAUAAGAAACAACUUCAGCUAGGGAAAAGCCUUGAAGAGCAAGGAGUUAGUCACAACGUAAAGGCAAUGGUGCUUGAGCUAAAGCAGUCCGAAGAGGAUGUGAGGAAAAACUCCCAGGUGGAGGAAGAGGAGCAAAACGAGGCUGAGCUAAAAGAAAAACAAAUUCAGAGGACGAAGAGAGGACUAGAGAUACUGGCAGAGAGAGCUGAGAUGGUGGUGGAUCCAGAAACUACACCAUACUUAGACAUAGCGAACCAGACCGGCAGGUCAAUCAGAAUUCCCCCAUCAGAAAGGAAAGCCCUAAUGUUAGCUAUGGGAUACCAUGAGAAAGGCAGAGCUUUCCUGAAAAGAAAAGAAUAUGGAAUAGCCUUGCCAUGCCUUUUGGAUGCUGACAAAUACUUCUGUGAGUGCUGCACGGAGCUGCUGGACAUGGUGGAUAACUACGCUGUGCUCCAGCUGGACAUAGUGUGGUGCUACUUCCGCCUGGAACAGCUGGAAUGCCUUGACGACGCAGAGAAAAAGCUAAACUUGGCCCAGAAGUGCUUUAAAAAUUGUUACGGAGAAAACCAUCAGAGACUGGUCCACAUCAAAGGAAACUGUGGCAAGGAGAAGGUGUUGUUUUUGAGACUCUACUUGCUUCAGGGAAUCCGAAACUACCACAGUGGAAAUGGAGAAGAGGCCCGCGAGUAUCUCAGCAAGGCUCGUCAGCUCUUUAAAGAGCUGUGUAUUGAUCCGGCAAAAGUUCAUAACUUAAUGCAGCUGGGGUUCACUGCCCAGGAAGCCCGGCUCGGCCUGCGGGCGUGUGACGGGAACGUGGACCAUGCGGCCACCCACAUUUCCAAUCGCAGAGAGGAACUGGCCCAGAUAAGGAGAGAGGAGAAAGAGAAGAAGCGCCGCCGUCUGGAGAGCAUCAACUCUCUGAGAGGAAUGGGGUACUCCAUGCAUGCGGCCAAGCAGGCCCUCCAGCAGGCCAGCGGGAACCUGGACGAAGCCCUGAAGAUUCUCCUCAGUAAUCCUCACAUGUGGUGGUUACAAGGCUCAGAUCCUGAAACCAACAGCCACCAAGGAAGUCCUUUCCAGGAGAGCAUUGCCCAGCUGGUGUACAUGGGUUUUGACGCAGCUGUGGCGGAAGCUGCGCUGAGGAUGUUUGGGGGCAAUGUCCAGCUGGCAGCUCAGACCCUCGUACACCAUGGAGGAAGUCUUCCUCCUGACCUGCAGCUCUCGGGGGACAGCUCGUCGUCCACACCAUCCCCGUCUCCUUCAGACUCUGCAGGAACCUCUAGUGCUUCGACAGACGAAGACAUGGAGACAGAGGCCGUAAAUGAGAUACUGGAAGACAUUCCUGAGCACGAGGAAGACUAUCUCGACUCAACUCUGGAAGAUGAAGAGAUUAUUAUUGCAGAGUACCUAUCCUAUGUAGAAAAUAUAAAGUCAGCUGCAGACAAAAAUUAAGUAAUGAAGAGAAAUAACUACUAAGUUUCUGCUUAUAAAUUCUGUCCUUGUGAAAAGUCUAAUGCAGAUCUUCUUUUUGUUCCUCUUGCUUUUCAUCAAUUUUGCUCCAAGUGUGCUUCCUCCUUGGGUGUAGGAGGGGCUGCUGGGGGCCUGGCAGAGAGGAGAGAGAGAGAGACUUUGGGGUAUAGGACACUGGUCUUGCUGCUGUUCCCUUCUGCCUCUUAAGUUCUGCAUCCCUAACAACCUCCCUGCUUGGUUUUCCAUCUAGAUCCCGGAAGCAGGCUCACCUCUGGAGAACAGGGUGGUCCCUGGGGAAGGGGAACAGGCAGGGGAUAGAUGUGCUUGGGCCUGUCUCCUCCUCUUCCUCUCAAGCCAGGCUUCCUCUGCAGCUCGCCUCCUGUACUGCUGCUGAAGUUGUCCUUGCCGUGAAGCUCUCUCUGCCAUGUGUGCUUAUAAACUCCUGUCUGCCUGCACCACCCUUGCAGCUGCCCCAACAGUCAUCCUUGAAAUCUUCAUCCCAAGUGCUGUGGGGGCAUAAAGAUGAGUCACGGCUUGCAGUAGCCAGACCACAUGGUGGCAAAUGCCUUUAUCUUGAAAUACCAAUGUUUUAUGCUUAGUUCAGUAAAAUUUGCACCUAAAAUUCAAGGCUGAAAAAUCAGACUUUGUAUGAGGGUUGAACAUAUAUAAAAUGAAACCCUUUCAUUAAAUGAGAAAGUUUUAAAUACUAACCAAAGCAACUUAUUUUUAAUUAACAUUUUGAGGCUGCUGUCAUAGGAAACUCACUGCUAACUAAGAGGCCUAUCAGAGAUUUAGAUAUAUUUUCUCCAAGUUCUUGUGGUGAUUUUUGUCAUAUCUGGAUGACAGAAGACCAUUACUGAGGGGACCUGGUAAGCCUUUUGCUGACCCCGGUAAUUUAUCACUGCACCAUGAGUUCCCCUUGGAUGUGAACUAGGUGGGCAUCCUUUCAGUGCUCAGCAUGCAGGCACCAGCCAGGUGCAGGCAGGAUCGAGCGUCAGGUAUGUUCCUGAGAGCUUUCUAAAAGCUGCCAGUGAGCCGGUGAAGAGGACCAGAUGGGCUGUGUGCUGCCGUCAAGGGCUGACUGGUGUUUGAUUUUGCAUGAAGUGUGGACAGCAGUCUAGUUUGGAUGAGUGAGAAUUGUCUCUUGUUCUUUUAAGAUGGAGGAUACUGAUGGAAAUAAAAAGUGGAAAAUCCAUUUGAAAGUUGGCCUAGCUACAGUAAGAUGCUAAACUCGGUUGUUUUCUGUCUUGAAGAUAUUCUAUUCUGAACACUGUGAGGAAACAGAGUGUUACCCUCAAAAGCAGCAGCAGGCAGCAGGUAGAACCCUGGCCUGGCAUGCACGAGGCCUGGGUUCCAUCCCCAGCAAGGUUGGAUGCUGCUCUGAGAGGGCACGUGUGAAAAGCAGGGCUUGGCCAGGAAGGAGUCUCAGCGGAGGGUGAAGCAGAACAUCGGGUCUGUGUCAAAAGCGGCCACCAGCCAAGAUGGUGGAGAACCUUGGUCUUAUUUAAGACCAUGUCAGACCUGGAUUUUUGGCCUGUGUUGACGCUUCUGG